AUGAGACUACAGAUACUUAUAACAAUAUCAUCAUUAUUAUCAAUAUUACCAACCAUAGUACAAGCCUUCGACGAGCCAGCGAAUUAUAUUGGAUGUUAUGGUGGUUCAAUAACAGGUAAGACAUCUAGCUUCCAAUGGCAAUCAUCAGGAAAUUGUCAAGAAGCAUGUCCAGGAUAUGAUUAUGUUGCAAUCCAAGGUCAGAAAUGUGUUUGUCUUAACGAUUUACCUAGUAAUAAUAAUAAACUUGCUAAUGAUAAAUGUACAACACCAUGUCCCGGUUAUGGGGUCACAAGUUGUGGUACGGUUGAUGAUGAUUUAUAUACCGUGUAUCAGGGGGCUAAUGGAAAUGCAACUAAUCCAGUUGUUGUUAGUAGUAGUAGUAGUAUUGAUACAUCUAGUAUAACUUCAAGUCCUACAUCUAGUAAGACGGUGAUUACUUCUUCUCAUACUACUGAUAAUAGCGUGGUUGUUAAAACAAUUACUCAAGAUUCUAAUCCAACUGAAUCAAGUGAUUCCAAUAAUAGCAAGACCAACGACAACAAAGAUGAAAAUAAAUCCACCAACAUUGGUCCAAUUGUUGGAGGUGUAGUUGGAGGUGUUGCUGGGGCCGUAAUUAUUGCGGGAUUAAUAUUUUUCUGGAUAAGAAGAAAUCGAGAAGAUGAUGAUGAUGAUUAUGAUGAAGAAGAAUUCUUUGAUCAUAAACCAAUUAAUAGGAAUGUCGGGGGGUCUAGGCGAGUUAAACCAAGUCCUUUGGAUAUGCCAAUGACUAAUCCAUUUGUUGAUCCGGCAAAUAGUAGUACUACACCAAGAAGAAAUGAUACUGUACAUCAUGGUGGAGGAUUUGUUGAUCCUAGAGUGAAUCCUAUUAUGAUGGGUGGGAGAAGAAGAUUAAGUGAAGGUAGUUUUAUUGAUGAAGCUACUAAUUUCCCUAGAAAACCUUUACAAGUUGCAAAUCCUGAUAAUUAG